AUGGAUGACUGUUCUGAAUGUUCAGAAGAUCAUUAUCCAAAUAAAGAAAAGAAUGGAUGUAUCCUGAAAAUGCUGAUCUUUCUAACUAUUGAAGAAGCCUUAGGAAUUGGUUUAGCCUCGGCAGCUCUUUGUUUCUUUUUCUUGACAUCUUGGGUACUUGGAACUUUUAUUAAGCACAGGGAUACUCCAAUUGUCAAAGCCAACAACAGGUUCCUCACCUACACCCUGCUUGUCUCUCUUCUGCUCUGUUUUCUCUCCUCUUUGUUCUUUCUCAGCCAUCCUGGCAAAGUGACCUGCCUUCUCAGACAAUCAACUUUUGGAAUUACCUUCUCAGUGGCCAUUUCUAGUGUAUUGGCCAAAACCAUCACUGUAGUAGUGGCUUUCAUGGCCACUAAACCAGGAUCUCCGAUGAGGAAAUGGGUGGGGAAAAGAUUGGCUUUUUGUACUGUCCUUUCCUGUUCUCUCUUCCAAGUAUUGAUUUGUAUUAUUUGGCUGUCAACAUCUCCACCAUUUCCUGAGUUGGACAUGUAUUCAGAGCUCCAAGAAAUAAUUUUACAAUGCAACGAAGGGUCAGCUUUCUUCUUUUAUUGUGUCUUGGGCUACAUGGGUAUCUUGGCCAUUGCCAGCUUUUUUGUGGCUUUUCUUGCCCGUAAAUUACCUGACAGCUUUAACGAAGCCAAGUUCAUCACCUUCAGCAUGUUGGCAUUUUGCA